GUGCGCAGGCGCAGCCGCCCUCGGGCGUCCUCUGCUGCGGGCGGACUAGGCCGCGCUGCUGAGGCGGAGGCAGGGACAGGGUGCCCGAGGUUGAUCCCGCCGGGAGCCGCCGCCAUGCCGGACAGCUGGGACAAGGACGUGUACCCCGAGCCCCCGCGCCGCACGCCGGCGCCCGCGCCGCAAACCUCGCUGCCCAACCCCGUCACCUAUUUGAUAAAGGCCUUCGACCUCCUCGUGGACCGGCCUGUGACCCUCGUGAGAGAAUUUAUAGAGCAGCAGCAUGCAAAAAACAAGUAUUACUACUACCACCGGGAGUUCCGCCGGGUGCCAGACAUCACCGAGUGCAAGGAAAAGGAUAUCUUGUGCAUGUUUGAAGCAGAAAUGCAGUGGAGAAGAGACUACAAAGUUGACCAAGAAAUUGUUAACAUUAUCCAGGAAAGGCUGAAGGCCUGUCAGCAGAGGGAAGGUGAGAGCUACAAGCAGAAUUGUGCUAAGGAGGUGGAGCAGUUCGCACAGGUGGCCAAGGCCUACCAGGACCGUUAUCACGACUUAGGAGCCUAUUAUUCAGCCAGGAAGUGCCUGGCAAAACAGAAGCAGAGGAUGCUUGCAGAGAGAAAAGCUGCUAGAGAGGCCGCGGCUGCUGCUCACUGAGUCCCCUCCCACACGAAUGACCGUUUCUUGCUGAAUAAAAUCACCUUCAGCCCUCAA